AUGCCUGAAUUACGUCGUUCUGCCAGAGUUGCUUCCAAGCCAACCUCAUCUCCAACAAAAGAGACAAAAGAGACCCAAAGUGAAACCCAGAUAGAACCACCAACUAAGAAGGUUCAAACUAGCUCAGUUAAAGAAUUGCAAGUGGGGGAUAAAAUGCCAGCUAUUAAGUUAUUAGAUGAAGAAGAGAAUGAAAUUGACUUGUUGAAAGAGGCUGAAUCUAACAAAUAUGUGAUUAUCUUUGCUUAUCCAAAGGCAUCGACUCCGGGUUGCACUAGGCAAGUUUGCGGGUUUCAAGAGAAUUUCAGCUUUUUACAAAAGUCUAAUGCUAAGGUUUAUGGGUUAUCGGCCGACAAGCCAAGUGCCCAGAAAAAUUUUGUUACUAAGCAAAAGUUACAGUAUCCCUUAUUAUCCGAUCCAUCAAGAGAAUUGAUUGAAGUUUUAGGUGCGAAGAAGGAACCUACUGGUAUUAAGAGGUCCCAUUGGAUUUUCGUUGAUGGUCUUUUAAAGGUGAAGAAAAUAGCCAUUAGUCCCGAAGAAAGUUUCAAUAGUGCCAAAACAGACAUAGAAACUUUUAUUGGAACCUCUUCGGACAAUCAAGAGUCAAAAGAGGCAAAACCAGAGGACUCUGAAUCUAAAGUUCCAGAAUCCAAAGAAUCAAAAUCCAAAGAAAAUGAACCAAAUGGGUUGGAAUCAAAAGAUUCAGAAACGAAAGAUGGAUCCGGUUUAAGUGAAGCUCAACCGGCUGCUAGCGAAGGAUUAAAAGAAGAAUUAAAAGUUGAAUAA